AGGAGAAAUAGGGGAAGUUUUUGGAACAUCUAUCUAUACCUAAGUCUAACAGCCUUGUCAAAACGAUCUGGAGAUAAUACUUUGAAAUAAUUGUUGGCUUUCGUGUUGGUAUUUAUCAGUGGUUCGUACCAGCUGAAAGCUUUCCCAGCGAACUUUGAGGGUUUUCAUUUAACGACCCUCUUUACGCCGCCGGGUGUUUUAUCGAUUGCGCACUGUCCGGGUCUAAUACGCCGUUAAGUUUUUCAUCUAAGACGCGAUAAAGAUUCGAAAAUGCGUGAGCGUGUGUCUGAAAGUUUAUCAAUCAGUGAAAGAAAAUGUGUGUGUUUUGAUUUUUCUAUUACUUCUGACACUAAAGUCUAAAAUAACUUGAAUUGUUUGUCAAGGAAAUGUUUUAAUUGCGAUGGAAAGCGCUGUAAUUGUCAAUUAGAGUGUAAUUAAAAUAUCUGUCGUCAUGUAUGGGAUGUUGGUUAUUGGCCUAAGGACUGAUUAUAUGGUGGAAUGGCCAGUGGCAGGCUGCAGUCGGUCCCACAAGGGGCUGCGCAUUUGGAUACAGUGAGGUCUCUACAUCAAACUGUUGUGUCUUUGAGGACUGCUUUAGAAGUAUCAAAGAAUGAAUUGCAAGAAUUAAAAGAAAAAUAUGAGCAACAUUCUCAUUGCUUAGAGUAUGCUGAUGUCAUAGAAAAAUUGACUGUAGAAAAUCAUAUUUUACGAAGAAAAAUUAUUGACUCCGGUUUGGAUGAUAGAGAAGCAUCGGAAAAUAUAAAGUUUAAAGUAAUAUCCAGUCCAACAAAAAAUGUUGAGGAAUGUGUAAAUAGUCAAGUUGUAACUGAAACUAUAACUUCUGAUAGCAACAAUAAAGUAACUGCAGAAAAAGUAGCAGCAGUAGAAUUGGAAAAAUUAUAUACAUGUUCACCAACAGAAAAGCUUGAAAAUAUCCAAGAGGAGAACUCUAAAUCAAGUAUAACUGAUUUAGAAUCUCCAAGACCUCAGUCAGAUAUUUCUGAAGGACCUAAGAGUCAGAUUACAGUAGCUGAAGAUAAAGGUGUACCGAGUUAUAAAACUAAAUUGGAAUUACUAUCAAAAUUUGAUGUUAAAAUAAAAGUUAGAACAUUAAAAGAAGGUAGUAUUGUUUCUACUUCUACUAUUACUUCAGAAACUGAUUCUACUGAUAAUCAAAAGAAGGCAGAUAGCUUUUCUAGAAAAGAAUCACAAGAAUCUGCAAAUUUCCAAUUUAAGGAAAAGAAGGAACAUUUUGAUAAUUUCAUAGACUUGGAUGGUAAUGAGAUAAAUUUUAAAACAGUGUCUAAAGAGAAUAUCAAAAUGGCUGUGCCUAAUGAAGCAGAAGUUAAGUCUAAAGUUGAUAAAUUUGAUGUACAAGUGAGAAUUACAUCUGAAGAGAAUUUGGUAGUAAAAGAAAGCACUGAGCGACUUAGAAGGAAGGACACACUUAAUUUGGAUGUUGAUGAUUUGAGUCUUAGAUCUUUGUCAGAGGGUGAUAACUCUGUGUUCUCUGAGGGCGGUACUACGCCAAUGGAACCGCGACCCCCUGACGACAGGGAGGACGCCAGUGGCAAUGAGUCAGAAGAGGUUGAUGACAUAGAACUUAUAUUCACGACAGAUGAGUCCAAAGAUAUCAGUAAUUUGCAGGAAGAUCUAGUUUCGAUACGUGAAACUGAGCAUUGGGUACCAAACUCAGCAUCUACUGUCCACUCUACUCCGGUGCUAAUCAAAUUCCACACCCUCGACCCUGACUUCCAACCUAGUGAAAGACCAGAAAACGUUGAAAACCGAGAGAGCAGUCACGAGGGUGUCGUUGGGGAUUCAUUGAAACAGAAAAGAGUAUCUCUUCCUAAUGACAAAGAAAUCAAGCACGUCGCCUUUAAUGGUAAAGGCAGUUUGGAUCUGCCUGGUCGAGGCAUACUGAAGAUUUGCGAUAACAAGUCUGACAACAUGUUAUAUAGACGGAGCCCUAACGCAAGUACUAGGAGACUAGACAGUGUUGAUAGUCUGACAUGUGAAUAUAAUAGGGGCUUGAGUUUUGACAAUACUAAGUCAUCAAGCUUCGAAUUAGGAUCCAGUAUGGAUAUACUUCAUAGAGAGGAAAGUGUGGAUAGCUUCCAUAAGACUGGACGUUUUGGACAUCGGUUUUCGAUGUUUGCGGAAACCGAUAUUUCCAAAUGUGGUAUUUCAGAAGACGAUCUCGCGAGUAAUUUUAAUAUACGCAGGAAUACGUGCCCUAAUCCAUUUCAAUACAGACCGCUGCCGUACCGCGGUACAGUGCGCGGCGGAAAGCCUGUGACGUCAUCUCGUCGGCCCGUGCUGCGCGAGAGUUGCGGCCCGCGGCGGGAGAGCGCGGCUCAGACAGACAUGUCCGCGCUACCGCCCAGGUGGACCUCCGACGGAUAUCUGGCUUAUAAGAGUUCAUCUCGCGUGGUGAGUUGUCCGACCACGGUGCCUCAGCGCGUGACGUCACGCCGCCCCGCCCCGCCCUGCGCACGCGCCCCGCCCCCCGCACGUCGUACAGACCGCAGUGAUGACGCCAGACGCGUGCUCCUCAGCGACAUUGGAUUUACAUCAAUGGUACCCGAAUUAUCGAGGUCUGCGGAGCCCCUGUGGAACUUACGACGUACUGCACCGGACUCGCCACAGCCGAGACAUCGGGGCUCAUCGUAUCGCUCACCGUGCCCCAGUAUAGACCGCAGCAACGACUGGACUAUCCAUACCAAGUAUACUAGUACUGCCAAGGGUGAAUACCGUCCGUGGCGCGGCUCUUUGCCGGACGUCAGGAACGACGACACGGACGAACUGCUGCAGGAGGCGGAGACCUUCCUGCGGCGCUCCAUUGACAAUAUCACCGCCGCUGCUGACGAACCGGAGUGUAUCCACACGGGGCAGGGGCAGCCAUAUGUACCGGGCGAGGCGCGACAGCUGCGGCUGGGACAUGCCGUCAAACUCAUCACACCGCAGGGCCGCCUCGCCGUCGGCAGGGUCAGAUACGUGGGUAUAGCGGGGGGUAGUGCUGCCAACAGUGGGGUAGUGGUGGGCGCGGAGUUCUCACAGGCUCAAUACCCCGGCCUGCCGCCCAACGACGGCACCUACCGCGGUCGUCGCUACUUCCUCGCCCCUCCUCAAUAUACCGCCAUCUUCGUACCCUUUUCUAAAGUCGUUAUGGCCUGGGCUAAUUAA